AAAAUAAAAUACUAUUACCUAUAGUUAGCUCUACAACAUAAGAAUCGCAUAAUUUGAGAGCACAGAACCCCUCUCCCUUGCCCUAUAAAUUGUGUGCACCAAGCUGAAAAUGUCAUUAACUUCUUUCCAAAGAUAAGUUGAAUACCUUGGUCAUAAAAACAUGAAGUCACUCUUUCAAGUAAUUUGUUGGUGUUCUACCAUAGCCAUCAUCUUACAACAUGUUUCUUCUGUGAGUCUACCUUUACCAAACAAUGAAACAGUGCCAGCAGUUUUUGUAUUUGGUGACUCUAUAGUUGAUCCAGGAAAUAACAACUAUAUCAGCACUCUUAUCAAAUGUGAUUUUCCACCAUAUGGUAGAGAUUUUGAUGGAGGAGUUCCAACUGGCAGGUUCAGCAAUGGUUUAGUCCCAUCAGACCUUGUUGCUGAAAAAUUUGGAGUCAAGAAAUUUUUACCUGCUUAUCUUGAUCCUAAUAUACAACUUCCUGAUCUCCUUACUGGUGUAAGCUUUGCCUCAGGUGGUUCUGGAUAUGAUCCUCUAACCGCACAAAUAACGAGUGUGAAAUCAUUAUCAGAUCAAUUGGACAUGUUCAAGGGAUACAUGAAGAAGAUAGAUGAAGCAAUUGGAAGAGAGGAAAGGGCAUUGAUAGUAUCAAAGAGCAUAUACAUAGUGUGCAUAGGAAGUGAUGACAUUGCUAAUACUUAUGCUCAAACACCAUUUCGACGUUUUCAGUAUGAUAUUCAAUCAUACACAGAUUUCAUGGCUUAUGAAGCCUCAAAAUUCUUGCAGGAACUAUACAGACUAGGAGGUAGAAGGAUUGGAGUAUUUGAUGUACCAGUUAUAGGGUGUGUGCCCUCACAAAGAACACUUGGUGGAGGCAUUUUUAGAGAAUGUUCAAAUUCUUCUAAUCAAGCAGCAAUGCUCUUCAAUUCUAAGCUUUUCAAAGAAAUGAGGGCACUUGGAAAAGAGUACUCAGAUGCUAGAUUUGUCUCUCUUGAAACUUACAAUCCAUUCAUGGACAUCAUUCAAAAUCCUUCUAAAUAUGGUUUUAAUGAGACAGAGAAAGGAUGCUGUGGUACAGGGAAUAUAGAAGUUGGAAUUUUGUGCAACCCUUACAGCAUAAACACAUGUUCAAAUCCUUCAGAUUACGUAUUUUGGGACAGUUAUCAUCCUACAGAGAAAGCUUACAAUGUGCUUAGUUCACUUGUACUUGAUAAAAAAAUCAAGGACUUCUUCUCUACAUUUGAUGAACCUCCUUAUAAAAACCAUUCAUUUCCUGCUGUUAUAGCAUUUGGUGAUUCGAUCUUGGAUACUGGCAACAACAACUAUCUUUCAACAAUAGUGAAGGCAGAUUUCAAACCGUACGGGAGGGAUUUUAUUGGAGGAAAAGCAACAGGAAGGUUUUGCAAUGGAAAAGUCCCUUCAGAUGUUUUUCUUGAAUACCUUGGUAUAAAGGAGGCCAUGCCACCUUAUCUUGAUCCAAAUUUGAGUACUGAAGACCUCUUAACUGGAGUGUGUUUUGCAUCUGCUGGUUCAGGAUAUGAUCCUCUUACAAUUGAACUAGGAUCGGUGUUAUCAGCAGAGGAUCAACUAGAAAUGUUCAAAGAGUAUAUAGGAAAACUGAAGGAAGCUGUGGGGGAAAAUAGGACAGCUGAGAUUAUAGCAAAUAGCAUGCUUAUCAUAAGCAUGGGAACCAAUGAUAUUGCAGGAACAUAUUAUCUGUUGGCACCAUUCAGACAGCUUGAAUAUGAUAUAGAAAAUUAUACAAGCAUGCUGGUCAGUGCAAAUUCAAAAUUUGUUGAGGAUCUUUAUCUAUUGGGAGCAAGAAGGAUUGGAAUAUUCAGUUUAUCACCAAUAGGAUGUGUGCCACUGCAAAGAACCAUAAAAGGAGGCCUAUCAAGGGAAUGUGUAGAGAUUUUAAAUGAGGGAGCAUUGAUCUAUAACGCCAAGCUUUCCACUUCAAUUUUAGAUUUAGCAAGAAAACUUCCAGAUUCAAGGCUUGUCUACCUUGAGAACUUUAGUCAAUUGCAUGACAUUAUCAUAAACCACAAUGACUAUGGAUUUGAAAAUGGGGAUGGUUCAUGCUGUGGCAUUGCAAAUAUAGAACUUGGUCCUCUCUUUUUGUUUUAUCCAUUUGUUGUGACAGCUACAUUUGAUGAACCUCCUUAUAAAAACCAUUCAUUUCCUGCUGUUAUGGCAUUUGGUGAUUCAAUCUUGGAUACUGGCAACAACAAUUAUAUUUCAACAAUAGUGAAGGCGAAUUUCAAACCGAAUGGGAGGGAUUUUAUUGGAGGAAAAGCGACAGGAAGGUUUUGCAAUGGAAAAAUCCCUUCAGAUGUUUUUCUUGAAUACCUUGGUAUUAAGGAGGCCAUGCCACCUUAUCUUGAUCCAAAUUUGAGUACUGAAGACCUCUUAACUGGAGUGUGUUUUGCAUCUGCUGGUUCAGGAUAUGAUCCUCUUACAAUUGAACUAGCAGAAGUGUUGUCAGCAGAGGAUCAACUAGAAAUGUUCAAAGAGUAUAUAGGAAAACUGAAGGAAGCUGUGGGGGAAAAUAGGACAGCUGAGAUUAUAGCAAAUAGCAUGCUUAUCAUAAGCAUGGGAACCAAUGAUAUUGCAGGAACAUAUUAUCUGUCACCAUUCAGAAAGCAUGAAUAUGAUAUAGAAAAGUAUACGAGCUUGCUGGUCAGUGCAAAUUCAAAAUUUGUUGAGGAUCUUUAUCUAUUGGGAGCAAGAAGAAUUGGAAUAUUCAGUUUAUCACCAGUAGGAUGUGUGCCAUUCCAAAGAACUGUAAAAGGAGGCCUAUUAAGGGAAUGUGUAGAGAUUGUAAAUGAGGGAGCAUUGAUCUUUAACUCCAAGCUUUCCUCUUCCAUUAUAGAUCUAGCAAAAAAACAUCCAGAUUCCAGGCUUGUCUACCUUGAGAACUUUAGUCAACUGCAUGACAUUAUCAUAAACCACAAUGACUAUGGAUUUGAAAAUGGGGAUGCUUCAUGCUGUGGCAUUGCAAAUAUAGAACUUGGUCCUCUCUGUAGUUCUUUCACCUUAAAAGUGUGUAAUGAUACCUCUCAAUAUGUGUUCUGGGACAGUUAUCAUCCCACAGAGAAAGCUUACAAAAUACUUGUUAAAGAAAUCUUAGAAAAGAAGCUUGAUGAGUUUGUUUGAAAAUAUAAUUUUCCUUUCUAGAGUAGGACUUAUACCCUCCAGUGAAUCUAACGCUGAGAUUGGAAAACCAUUAAAUAUUUGUUUACCAGUCUAUGAAUUAUACUGUACAAUGAAUUAAAGGUUCAACAAAUAUAGUAACAGACCUUGGAUAUGUCAUGCUUAAUAUUGUACUAUGGAUUUUAUCAACAAAAAAAUCAAGAUAGAAAAAUUGCAAA